CUGACGUACUCCUGCAGAGGAAACAGGAACUGCCCUAUAGACCAGCACCACAGGAACCAGUGCCAGUACUGCCGACUCAGGAAAUGUCUCAAAAUGGGCAUGAGGAGAGAAGCUGUACAAAGAGGUCGAGUGCCACCAACGCAACCUACCGGCCUCGCCCUCCCUGGUCAGUUUGCCCUCGCAAACGGAGACCCCGCAGCCGGCCUCAACAGCCACCCCUACCUCUCCUCCUACAUUUCCCUGCUCCUCCGAGCAGAGCCAUACCCAACCUCAAGAUACGGGCAGUGCGUUCAGCCUACCAAUGUGAUGGGAAUAGACAAUAUCUGCGAGCUUGCCGCGAGGCUGCUGUUCUCCGCGGUGGAGUGGGCGAGGAAUAUCCCGUUCUUCCCCGACCUUCAAGUGACCGACCAGGUCGCGCUCCUGAGACUAGUCUGGUCGGAGUUGUUCGUGCUCAACGCGUCCCAGUGUUCCAUGCCGCUGCACGUGGCUCCGCUGCUGGCGGCCGCGGGUCUGCACGCCUCGCCAAUGGCGGCGGACCGAGUGGUCGCCUUCAUGGACCACAUACGAAUCUUCCAAGAGCAAGUGGAGAAGCUGAAAGCGCUUCACGUCGAUUCGGCGGAGUACUCCUGUCUGAAGGCCAUCGUCCUCUUCACGACAGAUGCCUGCGGGCUCUCAGAUGUACCGCACAUAGAGAGUCUACAAGAGAAGUCUCAGUGUGCACUUGAAGAGUACUGUCGGAGUCAGUACCCGAACCAGCCCACGCGCUUUGGUAAGCUGCUCCUGCGGCUACCAUCGUUACGGACGGUCAGUUCACAAGUGAUAGAACAGCUAUUCUUCGUCCGGCUCGUUGGGAAGACUCCCAUCGAGACCCUGAUUAGGGACAUGCUCCUCUCCGGUAGCUCUUUCUCGUGGCCGUACAUGGCGACCAUGUGACAUACGAUGUGGAGACAGCUGGCGGCGGCCUGAUCGACGCCUUACGGCUUCCCGCCGUACCUGCCGAGCCAGCGCUUCGACCCGUUCCAGAGGUACCAGAGAGAGGCAGAGGACGCGGUGACGUCAUCCAGCGAGUUCCACGAGAGUACUGAGAACGCGACCGCUUCUGAGGAGUACUUCGGGUCGAGGACCAGCAGAGACAGCGAGAGAGCCGACCCUUGCCCGACCUUCGAUCCCAUUUCGGCGUUCUACGCGCCAAAGACGACCGAACCAGAAUCUUUUGAGGCGCCCCCGACCUCAGCGGGCACGGAGAAAACCGGGAAGACUUCCAUGAUGAUCGACAACCUCCUGAACAUCCGGAGCCAGGAACCAUGCGUGGUGCCAGACAUGAAAUAAGACGAUUAGUGCAUAAGUGGGGUCAGUAGUGUCUAUUAGUUCAAGUUUUCCUUUGUUCCUCUGUAAAAAUAUAGGCUAGAUUUAAUAUUUAAUACUGUACAUAAAAGUUUUUAUUAUUGUAAAUGUAUAGUUAAUGUGAUAAGGUAUGAGAGAACUGUUUUCUACAAUUGUGGACGCUCUUACACAAUGUUUCUGUGUCCAGACUACGUGUUUCCAAAGUGUUUGAACUCAGUGUUUUUUAUUUAAACUGUUAUCUUUAGGAUCAAUCUUGGAUUGAUGAAGCGCAAUAAAUUGUACAUUGGACGUGCAAUGUUGGUGUGAAUUGUGUAGUUAUGUAUGUAUAGAGAUAAAUAUUUAAUAGGGUUUACAUGCCCCAGAUUUUCAAAUAUGCGUCCCUCUACUUAUCUUUGUUUAUGGAGAAUUCGUUUUAUUUGAAAUAAUAGAGACAAAUACAGAAAUUUUUAAAUGUAAUUAAAUUGAAAAUUUGAAAAUAUAAAUAGAAAGCAAUACAACACCACCUGUCAUUGUUAAAGUGAAGUAAUAAAAAUAGUUUCAAUUCAUUUGUCCCAAUUUGUAACGUAAUUUUGUAUAAUUGUGAAAUACUUGUUUGAAUUUAGUUAAAAUCUCGCGUAUAUUUAAAAGUUUUCUUAAAACUGGUGCUCUUUCACUUAAUAUGUUAGUGAAUAUUGUCUUACAAGAAAUUACAAUUAGGUUUACUCAUAUCGUUUUUAUUUAUAUCGUAAAUAAUAAAAUUCCUUGGAAGCAUUUAUCUAUUUUAUUUACAAAAUUAUCUUGUAUAGAAAUAAUUUGUAACAAACAAUAACUCUAAAAUUAUAUUCUAAUUUAACCUUAAUGUUUUUAUGUAAUUUAAAGUUAUUGUUUUAUACUUGAGCAUUUUACCAAAUUGUCAAAUAGAUUGGUUAAGUCAGUUGACUUUCUAUAAAAUAUUGUAAACAAAGAUUUUUUAUAUUGUUCACGUAUGAACAAAACAAAGUUUGUGAGAAUACAAAGAUUGUGUGUUAUAAAAGAUUUAUUUUAUGUAUACUAUCGUACAAAGUAAUAUUGACAAAUUAAACAAUAUUUCGUGUCAAUUAGAAAUUAAUGACUCUAGCAACACCGUAGUCGUUUUAUUAAAAAAAAGAUUAUUAAAAUUGUCUAGACGUUUUUCAACACACUUGCAAUAAAAAAAGACUCUGGUAUGCUUACAAUAAUUUUGUAAAAAAAUGGUAACCACAAUAAAUAAGGUUAUGAGUUCUUUUUUUCUCACAAGUGUGUUGAAAAAAUAAAAAUUUGUUCAAUCAUACUGGCCAUCAAGAAAAAAAUAUGUUUUAUUUGAAAAAGAAGUUCUAAAAAUGUAAAUACAGUUUCUUUUUUUUUUUUUUCUUAAAAGGUUUUAAUUUUUUUAUGGUUUUCUGUAAGUGUUCACCAAAAACAUUUUUUUUCUGUACUUUUCUUUUUCUUUACUUGCCAAAUGUAUGGACUGGUUUAAUGCAAAAAGAAGCAGUGUAUUUAUUCGCAAUAAUGUACAGUGGGUUGUAUUAUACGUCGUGUGUAUGAGAUGUAUGGACGUAUUGAGGAAUUAAAAUGUCUCUAUGAAUUUAA